AUGCCUGUCGUUCAAGAAGGUCUCUUAGACCAUCCUCAAACCUGGAAGCCCGCCUCAGAUCCUCCAUCCUCUCCUCGAUUGCGCGCAAAGAGUCUGUUCUGGCAAGUCGUGAAGGCGACGCGACCGUCGUUUGCAGGCUUGAAGAAUGAACGCUCAAACACCAAAUUACGAGAAACUGCAUAUCUAGACGGUUUGAGAGGCUUUGCAGCAUUCUUAGUCUACAUCCUACACCACGAACUUUGGGCACACAGCGCGCUCAAUCACGCCGAUCGCAUCCUGGAAAAUGGCUUCGGCCAUCAUGGCAACUUCUACUUUGCCUGUCUGCCAUUCAUCCGCAACUUUUUCACUGGUGGCCACAUUGCCGUUGGCUGCUUUUUCGUCAUCUCAGGAUACGUCCUUACCCUCAAACCACUCACGAUGAUAAACAAUGGGGAAUACGGCAAGCUCGGUGACAAUUUGGCAUCGGCCAUAUUCAGAAGAUGGUUCAGGUUAUGGGUUCCAAUCGCUAUCGUAACGUUCUUGUACGCAACAUUUCUCCACCUGACGGAUCUGAAAGGACCUCAUCAGAUGAACACGACGUGGCUGGGUGAGGUCUGGGAUUGGUAUGUGGAACUCAAAAACUACUCAUUCGUCUUCAACAUGGGCGGGAAAGAUUACUUCUACCUCAACGACCACAUCUGGACGAUACCAUGCGAACUUCGAGGCUCGCUCGUUGUUUACCUCGCCUGUCUAUCCUUCGCACGAUUCUCGCGCAACGCCCGACUCUACGCCGAACUCGCCUUACUCUGGUACUUCAUGUGGAUUGUUGAUGGCUGGUUUGUGGCUUACUUUGUCGCCGGCAUGAUUCUGGCGGAUUUGGACGUGCUUGCCAAGCUGGGUAACCUACCGCGAUGGAUUGUCAAUCUGGCGCCAUACCAAGAGAUGAUCUGGUACAGUCUGUUCAUGAUUGGCAUGUUUUUCGCUGGUGUUCCCUCGCAGAGCAAUGAGCUUGAGGAUAUCAGAGUGACGCCGGGCUGGUACUGGCUGUCAUUCCUCAAACCACAGGCCGUCUUCGCACCCAAGUGGUUCUACCUCUUCUUCGGCGCAGUCCCUAUCGUCGCCGUAAUUCCACGGAUACACUUCCUCAAGGCAUUCUUCGAAUCGCGCUUCUGCCAAUUCAUGGGCCGCAUCUCGUACUGCUUCUACCUCGCCCACGGUCCUGUACUGUGGCUCGUCGGUGGACGACUAUACUCUGCCGUCGGACUUGUCAGAGAAGGUCUGGACGAGACUGAGUUUCCCGGAUGGCCAAAUGCAUUUCCCAUACCGCACAUCGGACCUCUCGGACUAGAGUCCAACUUCCUGCUGGUCAACAUCAUCACACUACCGCUCACGCUGUGGCUGGGUGAUGUGAUGACGAAGCUCAUUGAUGAGCCUUGCGUACGGGCUGCUGGCAACCUUUGGCGCAAACUUCAACCGUCAUCAUCACCCUCGGUCAGUCUACCGGUACCAGUUCAUGCUUGCUUACUCGCCGGUAGUCGGCAGCGGCAAGCGGCCCAACGGCCACACCGAACGAUGGACGGCUACAUGCACGGUUAUGCUUGUCAUUACAAUGCAGAUCGCUACCAUGAACACGGCGUGACAUGA